AUGGUGUUUUGUUAUAAAAUUAUAACAGAUUCUCCGCGCCGCGCCUCGCCGAGAAAGGGAUCUCCUGUCACAAGAAUUCCUUUCGUCGAAAGGUCCUAUUUAAUAAGAUGCGUCAUAUGUCGCACUGUAGCAGGCUUACUUAAAGCUUUGAAGCCUUCAAAUGGUUUUUGCGGUAUUUUUCCAGUACAUAAUACCGCAUCCAGUUUAGUUGCUUCAUUCGACUAUGAGACCGACAAAGGCCAUGUAUGGGACUUGAUCCCAGAGCGAGAUUGGAGACUGCUUGCGGCCCUCGCGAAGAAGAGAGAAGAAGACGUCGAGAGAGAGAGGCUAGCAGAACAGUUCCAGAAGAUGUGGCUCAAAGAGAAGGAGGAGAGAGAAAUGGUAGAAGCGGAAAGUUCGGAACAGUACAAAAAAUAUCUCCAUCAGAAACGGUGCCAGGAACGGAACUUUCACGAAUACAAGCGUAUGAUGAGGAUCGCUGAGCAGCAGGCCAAGGCCGGUCAGCUGAUGGAUUGUAUCCGGUACAAGGAGCAGAGGACUGCGGAUGUGCUGGCCUGGAGGGAAGACAAGAAGAUCUCAGACACAAUAGGCAAGUUAGUGGACGAAGAGGCGCGCGCGGCGCUGGCGACUCAGAAGCGGCUGGCGCGCGGCGCCGCGCUCCAGUGCUGCCGGCAGCUGGCGCUGGUGGAUGCACUGCGGAGAGCUGAUGAAGCCGACAAGAGACGCAGCGCCAUGCUGAGAGAUGCUUCACAGCGCCUAGCCAUCACCAACGCGUUGACGUGCUGGGAGACGUCCAUCAUACGGCAGGAGGUGUCGGCGGCGCAGGCAGCGCGGCGCGCCGCCAUCGCCGCGCACAACGCCAUGAAGGACGCGCGCAGCGUGCGCAUACACCGGACGCGGGAGCUGCGCGCGCGCCGCGCCCGCCGCGUCGCCGCCGUCACGGCGCUCAUGAGGGACGCCGUCAAAACGGGCAGAUAGAAUAAUAAUUCCUUAAUUUAAUGUAUUUAUUUAUUUAAUUUAAAAACAACAAAUGCGUAAAUAUGUAAUAUGUAUUGUGCACCAUCACGAAUACCUCAUUGAAUAUAAGUUGGCCUAUCAAAGCCGUUUUAUUGACACGCUUUAUUUUUUAAUGGGGAUGAUGACUAGGUUUGAAUAUAUUGAUUUUUAUGAUACAUUCGGGUAAAUAAGGUCAAUGUUAACUCAUUUAUACAUAAAAAGCAAAGAUUGACUAGAUAUUUGCAAAAUAAAUAAGAU